GUAAUUUAGUUUCGAGGCCUUCCAGGAGUGCAGAGAGAUUAAACGACAAAAGAUUUGCAAAUUCAUUGAUGUGGUGGUUUGGUCAGUAGAGUGGAUUAGUUUGGGUCGGUGCUUCCGAAGAUAAUUAGUUCACUUUACUUGGUGAAUCUGUAAUUCAUGAACGGCGAAAAUGGAUGUUGACAGCGAUAUAGAUCAAACGCUCCUGCAGCAAUUCAGCUGUAUGGGAACAACAGAUCGCGAUGAAUUAGUUAAACAGCUACAGUCGUUGAUAGGAAAUUUGAAUGAAACAGCAGCAGUUUUCUUUUUGGAAAUGAAUAAUUGGAAUCUCCAGGAAGCAGUUUGCUCGUACUUCGAUUUUGAGUCACCAUACAAGCUUCCGUCAAUGUCCCUAGUACGGGAUGUGACAGUUGGAGAAGGGGAAAGUAUACCACCGUUGACGAAGUUCACAAAAUCGUGGAGGGUUCAGAACACUGGUACUGAGAUGUGGCCAGAUGGAUGUUCACUUCGGUUCAGUGGUGGUGACAGGCUCUGUGCUCCGGAAAGGCUUGCAGUAGCACCAAUUGCACCAGGAUGUACACUUGAUAUAUCUCUUGAAAUGGUUAGUCCUGAACAAACAGGGAUGUAUGAGAGCAAGUGGCGAAUGGUUACACCAGCAGGUUGCUACUUUGGAGAUGUUAUAUGGGUUAUUGUCACUGUGGCGGAGGGAGGCACUAUGGCACUGACACAACAGUUGUCUCAUCUCAAUGACCUAGGUUCCCCACUGCGCCAGGUUAACCACUCUAGUCUGAAUCCAUUUGGUCCUUCUCCCACUCAGACAUUGUUCCAGGAUUCUGUUCAGCAGACCCAAGAUGGAGAUACUAACAUGAUGUGUUAACACUGUUGAGAGAAACUUGUAAAAAGACUGUUCAUUGUAAUUUGGACUUUGGUGUACAUAAGAAUAGUGAGUGAAGUUGGUACUUCUGUGAUUUAGUGUGCUGUAUAAGGACCAAUUGUACUUUUACUCCCUUAUUAUAGGUGCAGGAUAUGUGGUACUUAUUUCAGUUCACCCUGUUUCACUCCUCCUCUUAGUGAUUUAACAGUCUUUCUGAUACUUGUUUGUACAGGUGCUGAGCAUUUUCUAGAAAUUUUUUGAUCAGAAUUUGAAAAUUGUCUACAUAAAAACAAUUUUUCUUAAUUUUUUGUGUUUUAAAGUGCAGAUCAGUUGAGAUAUUUUGCAUUACUCUUACGUAGUUAUUGGAGCUUCUGACACAACCUAUGUCAUCUUUGUGAGACUUUUUUUACUCUUAAUUUGCUUCAUAGUUUCCCUAUUUUCUAUUUAUAUUUUUCUUGUGACUCAUAAAGACUGUGAAAUACUACCAAUGCAGUCUACACAUCAUCUUUAAAGCACACUACUCAUCUUUGGACUGUUCCUGCAGUCUUCAUUCAGAUUUUAAAUUAUGCAUUUCAUUUCAGUGUCAGUAUUGAUAUGAAAGAUAUUUGUAAAUGCCAUUUACUUCACAUUUUAAAGAGAACAAGUACUUGACUUUUGGCUUCCAAUUUCUGCUUUGUAUUUGUCUGCAGAAUAUUUCUCAACUUCGUUCAGCUCUGCACCGACUGAUCAAAUUGAGCAUUUACUAAGAGUAGCAUUGUCUUGCACAUGGAGUAGAUGUUUGCUUAAUUUCAUAAAUGAACUGCAGUGACAAUUUUCUCUGAUAAGAGAAAAGGCUGAAUCAGAUACCUUACCUUUGGAUACUUAAAGGCCUGCCUGUCUUGUAUUUUGUAGGUUGCAUGACAAAGUCAAAGUUGAAACUUAUUGUAGGGGUAUGAGUAGAUUUUUAACACGUUCUUGGACUAGCCUGUAAUAUGUGAUUAGUGUUGAGUUUUUAUUGCUAUGAUCUGAUGUUUAAACCUCUCCCAGUUGUAAAAAUCCUGAAAGAAAGUUAUUGUUACACAAGAAAAGAAAAACUCAGAACUUUAGCAUUAAAAAGUUAAUUUUGGAUGAGGAUGAGAUUUAUGCUGUAACAGAGGAAAUAAAGAAACUUGAUGCUG